ACAUCCCUCUUAUAUCCCAUAACCCAUAACCCAUAACAUAACUCACCUUCAUUCACAAAUCCCAACACUUUUCUUUCUUUUUUGGUUCUAAUUAUUCUAUCAUGGGAGAUUCGAAGAGUCUGAUACAUGAGCUACUACAAGGAUUGGAGUUGGCAAGAAAACUUAGAAUUUAUCUCAACGUAUCUUCUUCUUCUUCCUCCAUUGACGAAACACGUGAAGUUUUGAUACAUAAAAUCAUAUCCACGUUCGAAAAGGCACUUGAAAUUGUGAACCGUAAAGGACACGUUAAUGUGGCUGAAUCUUCACAACAACAGCAGCAACAACAACAACACCCUUCAGCCUCAGGAACACUAGCCAUGAUCAGAAUGUUGGAUUCACCACCUUUAAGCUCUAGUCCAAGAAGUGAAGACUCUGAUAGAGAUUUUAAGAGCCGUGAUGAUCACAAUACUCCCCGAAAAAGAAAUACUCUACCAAUUAGAUGGACAAAACAAAUUAGAGUUACACCUGGAAUAGCAGUGGAAGGUCCUCUUGAUGAUGGAUAUAUUUGGAGAAAAUAUGGCCAAAAAGACAUUCUAGGAGCCACACAUCCUAGAGGUUAUUACAGAUGCACUCACAGAAACAUUCAAGGAUGUUUGGCAACAAAGCAAGUACAAAGAUCCGACGAAGAUCCAACAAUCUUCGAAAUCACUUACCGAGGAAACCACACAUGCACAAUCGGAAGUGCUUCCAAAGUGGCUGUUCCAAUUCCAACCUUGAAUCCAAAUGAAAAUCAAGAAACAAACGUAAACACAAACCAACAACUAAUGAACCUGCGAACAGGUCUAAGAGUUCAGACAGAGAAUCUAGAUUUCCUCGACCAAUCAUAUGCUCCGUUAAUCCAUUUCCAUUCGAACCAUGUUCUUGAAAGUAGCUUUGCUGAAAACUUCAACUCCCCUGCAACUUCUGGAAUAAGUCACUUCUCAAUGUCUUCGUCUCCGAGUGUGUUCCCGAAUAUGGCCAGUGAGAUUAUUCCAUCCGCUACUUCUGUUGCAAAUACGCCAACCACUGAUUUAGAUUUUCCAUUUCAACAAUUUCUAUUUGAUGGAGAGAACUUCACCUUUGAUAGCUCGCAGUUUUUCCCUUGAACAAUAUGGGAAGAAACUGGUCAAUAGUAUAGUAACAAAAAAAUCAUUAGAACUUCAUGUCCAAGUCCAAGUUUCAUGGAGUUUUUUUUUUUUACAUUUUCUGUCCUCAUUUUCCUUUUUUUUUUUGGAUUUUAAAAAAUAGAGUUUAACUUGACUUAUAAAGUGGUAAUGCUUCCACGAUGUAAGCUAAAGUAUGUGUUGAAAUGGUUCAUUUAAUUCAAAUUUGUAAGGAAGGGGCAGAAAAAAAAAUACCAGUCAUUGUAUUAGUUUCUAAUUCAUAUAAAUAUUCCGAAUUCAUGACCAAUAAA